CCCCGCCAGCCGCUUCUACCGCCUCGGGUCCUGUCUAGGAGGACCUCCGGUGGCGGCCGGCGCGGCGGCACUGUCGGCUUCAAGUCACCGGUCCCAUCUCCGAGGUCCUGCCAACCUAAUGGAGCCAAUUCAGAAGCCCUGAAGUAUGAAAUCGAAGAGCUGAAACAGAAAGACCUUGCUCUAGACCAGGAAAUUGCACAAUUAUUGUCAGAAGGCUACAGCCUGGAGGAAUUGGAGAAGCACAUCUCUCUGCUCCAUGAGUAUAAUGACAUUAAAGAUGCUGGACAGAUGCUGCUGGGCAAGCUGGCUGUUAUCCGAGGGGUUACUACAAAGCAGCUUUACCCUGAAUACGAUCUGGAGCUGAGUGACUAAUAUUGAACCUAAAGAUUGCCACGUCCUGCAAAAAUGACUGUUACUGGGCCACUGUGUUUUGGUGUCAUAUCAGUUUAGAGCUGACAUAAUGUAGCCUCAAGUAUGUAUGUAGAACGGCAACAGAGUACGGGUUAGCAGCCUUAUUUCUGAGAAGCUUUGGAACUUGAAAGUUGUUGAAUCUGUCAGCUGUUUCUUCCUUGUGGAAAAGGGAUGUAGGACUUUGGAUAAUUUCAUUUACUAUCUGAUCAACAGUAUUUUAAUUUUUUUAUCAGAAAGGCUGUAAUUCAGGUUGGUGUUAAGACUCUUUCCAUGGAGCCUUUGCUUCUCUACCACAUCUGGGGCUAUUUGGAUACUGAAUGGAUAGAGGAGGGAGGGCGUACAAAUGUGCAAUGUAAUAGCUGCUAUGAAAGAAAAGGAAAAAUCCCUCAGAAGUAGGGAGGGAAGAAGGCUGAAGUUGUUGUGGUUUGGGGGCUUUGUUUUAUAAUCAAAUCUGGAUAAGUCUGCAUGUUCUGCAUUUUUGUACUUAACUGCUCUGGUAUCUAGAGGUUUUGUAUAAUUUCUGUAGUAAAUGGCAAAAUGUGAAGUUUUGUUGAACUGUUCCGUCUGAAUAAAGUGGAUACCCCCAUUUCUCAGUAA